GCAACUCUCUAGUACUUCUUUUCUUCAUCAUCAUCAUCUUCAGGUGCCAAAAGCAGCAUUCAGCAAAAAUGGAGCAGAAGAAGUCAUACCUGGCCAUUAUUCUCAUACAGUCCAUUUACACCGGCAUGUUCUUGUUAUCCAAAGCUGCCUUCAACCACGGCAUGAACAACUUCAUAUUCGUUUUUUACAGGCAGGCUGUAGCUACAAUUUUCCUGAUCCCAUUUGCCUUAUUCUUCGAAUGGAAAAAAGCCCCGCGACUUUCACUUGUAACAUUCUGCAAGAUUUUCCUGCUCUCUUUGUGUGGGGUAACUUUGAGCUUGGAUGUCUAUGGAGCAGGAUUGAUUUAUACCUCUGCAACUCUGGCUGCUGCAACUACCAAUUGUCUUCCUGUCAUCACUUUCUUCUUGGCCGUGUUGUUCAGGAUGGAGAUGUUGCGGCUGAAGACUAUUCCUGGGAUUGCAAAAUUUGUGGGAAUACUUAUUUGCUUUGGGGGUGCAUUAACCCUUGCCUUCUUCAAAGGUCCCCAUUUCAAAAUUCCCUGCUUCCAUCACCUGUUUGGGCUCCACCAAGCCCACCAAACUCAGGGCCAAGUCUCUUCUGGCAUGAGUUGGAUAAAGGGCUGCUUCUUUCUGCUCAUGUCCAACACUUGUUGGGGCAUGUGGCUUGUACUUCAGGGUCGGGUAAUGAAGGGCUACCCUUCUAAGCUUCUAUUUACCACUCUUUCUUGCUUCUUGAGCUCAGUUCAGUCUUUUGUUAUUGCUAUUGCAUUGGAAAGAAACACUAACGAGUGGAGAUUGGGGUGGGAUCUCAGACUCCUUGCAGUUGCUUAUUGUGGAACUGUGGUGACUGGAGUUGCAUUCAACUUACAAGCGUGGGUGAUUGAGAAGAAAGGACCAGUGUUCUUGUCCAUGUCAACUCCACUAAAUUUGAUCUUCACAAUGUUAUGUUCUGUUUUUCUCUUGUGUGAGGUCAUUAGCUUAGGAAGCAUCAUGGGUGGGCUGCUAUUGGUUGGAGGGCUCUACAGUGUUUUGUGGGGGAAAGCCAGAGAACAGAAAAUGGAAGAAGGGUUAUGUUUACCGGCUGCUGAUGUUGAAAAAGCAGGUUCAGAGAUGAAAGCAGUAACUACUCAUUGAAUUGGGUCUUGAAACCCUUGACAAAUUAAUGACAAUCCCUUCCGUUUCCCUUUCCCACUAAAUUGAAGACAAGGGAUGAGGGAUCUAUAGUAGAAUAUAUAUAGAUUGGUAGUGUAGCACAAUUUUAAUUAAUCAUUUAUAGGUAGGAUUUUAAUUGAGGACUAAAUUGAUUCCCUUGGGUAAUGAAUUUUUGGUCCAUGAGAAUUUUGUGUUUUUUAAUUAAGAAGUUAAAAAGCAUAUUCAAGCAUACUAAAUUAUUGUAGUUUGC